UGGGCGGCUCCGGGAGAUCGGGCGCAGCACCCGCAGGUCGGGGCUGGGCGGGCAGGACCCAAACCCGGUUCUCUGGGCCCGGGCCCCGCAGCCACGCCGAGCGCGCACUCACACUCCGUCUCUGCGCGCGGCUGGCGGUGGGCGCGAUGGACGCGGCGCUGCUCCCCAGCCUGCUGGAAGCCAACUGCAGCCUGGCGCUGGCCGGAGAGCUGUCCCCGGACGGCUGGGCGCUGGCCCUGGACCCCGAGGGUCCCCACUCCUACUGCAACGCGACCUUGGACCUGAUCGGGACGUGCUGGCCCCGCAGCGCCGCCGGAGCCCUGGUGGAGAGGCCGUGCCCCGAGCACUUCAAUGGCAUCAAGUACAACACCACGCGAAAUGUCUACCGAGAGUGCCUGGAGAAUGGGACCUGGGCCUCACGGCUCAACUACUCGCAGUGUGUGCCCAUUUUGGAUGACAAGCAGUGGAAGUAUGAACUGCACUACUACAUCGCACACAUGGUCAACUACCUGGGCCAUUGCGUUUCCAUGGCAGCCCUCAUGGCCGCUUUCCUGCUUUUCCUGGCCCUGCGGAGCAUUCGCUGUCUUCGGAAUGUGAUUCACUGGAACCUGAUCGGCACCUUUAUCCUGCGGAAUGCCACGUGGUUCCUGCUGCAGCUCAUCGGCCCCGAAGUGCAUGAAAGCAAUGAGGUCUGGUGUCGCUGCAUCACCACCGUCUUCAACUACUUCCUGGUGACAAACUUCUUCUGGAUGUUCGUGGAGGGCUGCUACCUGCACACAGCCAUCGUCAUGACCUACUCCACCGAGCGCCUGCCCAAGUGGCUCUUCCUCUUCAUCGGAUGGUGCAUCCCUUGCCCCAUCAUCAUCGCCUGGGCCCUGGCCAAGCUCUACUAUGAGAAUAAACAGUGCUGGUUUGGGAAGGAGCCGGGCGACCUACUGGACUACAUCUACCAGGGCCCCAUCAUCCUCGUGCUCCUGAUCAACUUUGUGUUUCUGUUCAACAUCGUCAGGAUCCUGAUGACAAAACUACGAGCAUCCACCACGUCAGAGACGAUCCAGUACAGGAAGGCGGUGAAGGCCACCCUGGUGCUCCUGCCGCUUCUGGGCACCACCUACAUGCUCUUCUUGGUCAACCCCGGGCAGAAGGACGAGCUGUCGCAGAUCGUGUUCAUCUACUUCAACUCCUUCCUGCAGUCAUUCCAGGGCUUCUUCGUGUCUGUCUUCUACUGCUUCUUAAACGGAGAGGUGCGCGCAGCCGUGAAGAAGAGGUGGCACCGGUGGCAGGACCAUCACUCGCUCCGAGUCCCAGGGGCCGUGUCCAUCCCCACCUCGCCCACUCGGAUCAGCUUCCACAGCAUCAAGCAGACGGCCGCUGUAUGACCCCGCGUGUCACCGCUCGCCCGUCACUCCCGGGUCAGUCGGAACAGCUUCCCCGUCCUCCUCCACCGCCCGUGCUUGCCCGAAGCCCAGAUGGGGCCGGAGGGAGGGAGGGAGAGACCAGCUCUCCAGCCUGUGCAGCCCAGGGGCCUCCGCGGGCCCAGGGGCCGGAGCGGAGCGGAGAAGUCGCAGGAACCCCAAGGAGAGCAAGACGGUGGGUCCGCAGGCGUUUGUGACACCGGCCUCACAGAGAUCCUCAUGGCAGCCCCGCUCACCGAUGAGGAGGCUGAGGCCCGGGGCGGAAGGACCUGCCCAAGUCCCACAGCUCGAUCCUGUGGCCUGGGCCCCUGCCCCCCUCGUGGUGUGGGCCCUCCUGCCAGCAGCCGGAGGCGGUUGGCCCUGCUCCCUGCCUGCCGCCUCCACACUCAGGGGCGCCCUCUGCAGUCGGGGGGAGUAAAGGAUUAGUUUGGAGGGCUUAAUCCCAGGGCCCCUCUGCGAAAGCCUGGUCUACACCACCCCUGCCCCCGGGCUUCCUGAAGAAGAAGGCGGACUCCUUUCUGGGAGACCCAUAGAUUCAAGGGCUUGAGGAGGGGAAGGGGGAGAGGAAGACAGGGCUAGGACAGCCACACUUAGGCCAAUAAGGUACAUAGGGCAGGACAAAACGG